AGUCUAAUUUAAAUUAUGGGAGAAAAAAAGGAACACUUUUUUUACAGACUAAUAAAUAAUGUAACUUAUAUCCUGGACACGCCAGUCACCUAUAUCCGAGAGAAAUUUGUAGAACCGAAUCAAAAGAAAUAUCCAUGGUACCAUCAACAAUACCGUCGUGUGCCAACGAUCGACGAGUGUUACACAGACGACGUGGUCUGUAUAACAGAGGCAGAUUGUCAACUUAUGCGCGAUAAAUCAGUGGAAGAUGAAAUACUGUUUAUUCUAAGAAGUCGUUUUGAACAGUGUGCAUUCUAUCACGACGAGGACGCACAUUUGUGUGCUCCUUUAAGGAAAAUUUACGAUGACGCGGCUGUUGCUUGGUUCAUAAAAUAUGGUGAAAUGGGAGUAUCUUUAGGCGCGAAAAACGCAUACAUGAAACAGAAACAUCGUAUGAUCUGGGAGCGCCGUCACGGACCAGUAGGUACCGGUAUGAAAGAAAAACCGAACAAGGCGUAGCAAACUUGAACUGGCAUCGUAGCUGACAAUUUAAUGGUAAAAAAAACACAUUCGUACGUUAUGGAUUUGAAUUGCAGAUUUGCUUAAUAUGUACAGAUGUGUUGUGAUUUAAAGACGGCGAGAUAAUAAAAAUAAUUUA